AUGAAUCCUGAAGUACAGCCUUUCGCCUCCCAAAAGAGCUCCCCUGAGGAGUACUCCCCGAUAGGCCAUUCCUCGGAGGAUUAUCCCACUGAGGACCAUUCCCCUGAGGAGGAAUCCCCCGAGGAAUCAUCUCCUGAGGAACUAUCGCCUUCUGAGAAACACUUCUGUCAACAAUCCCCUGAAGAACAAUGCCUGCAAGGUCACUCUCCUCAAGGCCACCCCACUCUAAACUACCCUCCUGAGCCAACAUGGCCUGUUAGUGACUACCAAUACCACAUGGAAUACCGGUGCGCUACUCCAACUAGAUAUCAACCAGCAAUACUCUAUCAUGAAAAUCCAGUUCCUCCGCCUAGCAAUCCAUGGCAUCAAUAUCCCCAGCAGGAUUGGCAUUAUAUGUCUUCGCUUCCUUCAUUUCCUUUUCCACACGAGCCCCCAGUGGGAAAUUAUUCAAAUGAUGGCCCAAUUUCCCUUUUUUAUCCUCCACAGAUUUCAGGAUAUUCAGAUCCGGCUCAGUAUCAAAUGUAUCCGGGGAAUGCAGCCGACCACAACCCUCUCCGUCCAGAUCCUCCAAUUUCUUUUCAAUAUGGGCACCCGAUGGGAAGCUUUUCAAACCGCGGACCGAGUUGGCUGCCCUCUUAUUCUCCACGAAUACCAACAUAUUCAGAUUCGGCUCAAUAUCAAAUUCAUUCGGGGAAAUCGCCCAAUUACAGCCCUUCUCGACAGACCCUAAUUCACAAUCGCGAUCCUGAGGCGAAAGUUUUCGUCGGAGACUUACCAAAUCAGCUCUCAAAUCGGCAGCUAAAGGAUCAACUCGUUGAAAUGUUCCAAUACGAUGGUAAACGAUGCAAAAAGGCGUGCAGCGCCCGUUGUGCAGUGAGCUGCAGAGAGCAUUGCACAGAUAAUUGCAGCAAAGUUUAUGAACAGGAUCGGAGUUGGAGAAAUGCAUGGAAAAUUACUCCUGAUAUUAAUAUAGCACCGGGGAUAAGGAAAGGGCCAGGGAGACAUAAAGAACUGCGCACGGCGUGGAUUCAAUACAAAAAAAUUUCAGAUGCAGAGAAAUUCCUAGUCAAAGCUAGGGCAAAAGGAUUUGCUAUGCAAGCAGGUUAUGAAAAGCGUAGGCUGCGAGUUGAUCGAGCUAAUGGGAAAAGAACAUGCCGCUUGGUCAUGUCGAAUCCAGCCGAUAAUGAGAUUUAUAGGAGCGCUUAUGUUGAUGAAAUAAAGGGGUUUGUGGAAUAUGCUUCUAGGGAAAAGAACACGAAGAUUACAGCCCACAUAUCAGACACUCCUGAAGUUGAAAAUCAAGCCGACACUGGUAUGGUAACUCACUCUUUCGGAGUGAUAUUCAGAUCUGCUGAUCAAGCAAAACUUGCGGUGAGGGAAUUCCCCAAUUUCUCAAAAAGGUGUAAGCUCGAAGCCACACAUGUCGAAAUCACCGGGAUUCCUAGCUGGCGACUCCCCAGUGGUCUCUCUUUUGACGCUCUCGACCUUGAUCAUGGUCAAAUAUGGUGGGAGUAUGCAAAAGCAACCCUUCCAGGAAACACAAAUGACAUAGUGAACACAAACUGCCCAGCGCCCAGAAAGUUCCUAGAGAUCACAGACUUUCCAGAAAAAACGAGCCUCUUAUCUAUCAAAAUUUACCGGGAGAACAUAAUCCACUUAGAAUACACAAGCUUCUUCGGAAGGGUGGCAAGCAUUCAGACUCGGUAUGGAAACCGCGAUCAAAGAAACAGCGAAGAAGCAAGAUUGUCCGUGGAGAAAAGUGACAAUUCUCCAGAUUAUCCGACAAAUUUCGGCGGCAAUUUUACACGCACGGCUUGUGGGAACUGGGAAAUCCACAAUCCUAAAUCUGUCAAAAACUAUCGAGCGAUGGAAGGGAUUACUUGGAGCAGACUCCUCUGUAAUCCGUACCUGAAGUCCGAGAGUUUGUAUUUCUCCAGAAAAGGUGUCAAAGAAAUACCGGACGAAACGAAGCGUAAUCUACAGGAGAUUUUCGAACAGAUACGAAAGAAUAGCAAGAGCUUGGAGAACAUUGGGAGAGAAGGCAGACCAGGUUACGUUGAAAUUAAAGAUAAAAUAUCAAACGAGAUACAACCAUAUGGCCGAGGACCUUACGAAACUGGUACAAUGGAAACCCCAGUGCUCAAUGUUGAUGGUAAAACAAAGAUAUCUCAAGAGACACACAACAAACAAGCAGAGAAUUCCCAGACUGUAUGCAGCGGGAUCGACGAUGUGAUGAUUAGCGAAGGCGACGAGACUGAUGAAAUAGAAGAUGAAACCAAUCGCCAACAAAAUGUAUCUCUUGAGAUAGCUUACAGCAACGGAGGAGAUGACUACACUAUUGAGGCGGAAGGUAUGACGGGAAAAUUUGAAAGCGAAAAAAAGAUUUUGGAAGAUGUCCAAAAAGUCGAACAAGAAGGAAACGGCGACACUAAUGGAAUGGGGGGAAGCAUGGGAAACCCCAAAGGUCAAAGCAGAAACAAGGGUCUGAAUGGAGUGUUGAAGCGAAGAAUGAAGGUAAGAAUCAAUGCAGGAUCAGUUCGGGAAUCAGUCGGAGGGCCAGUUGGAGGUCUGAAUUUUCUUUUUUAG